AUGUCAGUUUUCAAGGGAGCUUUAUCUAAGGCAUCUGUUAACAGUUUUAAUAUUAUAGAAGUUGGGACUGUAAUGCAUGCUUGCGAAUCAGAAUUGGUUGUUAAGUCGAUCAUUAAGACACAUGUUCCAUAUUUCAAUGGAAAAGUUUUCUUGGCAAACAAGCAAGAGAUUGGAAGUGUUGAAGAGAUUUUGGGUCCUGUAAACAAUUACUUCUUCUCUGUCAAACUUAAUGAGGGGUUUAACGCCAGGACGUUUACGCCAAAUACUAUGUUACAUAUCGACACUCGCCAACAACUACCUAUAACCAACUUUUUUCCAAAAGCUAUUAUGGAAAAAAAAGUAUCCAAUAGGGGUGGAUUUGAUCCUAAGAAGAAGGGAAUUAAGAAACCACAACCAUAUGUGAAUAAAUUCAAGAGGGGGCUAAGUAAAUCUAGGGGUGGUUUCCGUAAGCAUUGA